AUGACUAUCACACCUGCACCAAAGCUCACGUCAGCGGGCAAGGCGGCUCUCGACACCCUCCUCGAGACCAAGGUCGCGGGGCGCACUGUCCCAGCCGUGACCUUUGGAGCCACCACGGCUGAGGGACCAAUCUACUUUGCCCAGAGGGGCGAGCGCGUCUUUGGCGAACCCGAGAAGGGAGACAUCGGGCCAGACACUCUCCUGCAGCUGUAUUCGACAACCAAGCUCGUGACCACCACGGCGGUUCUCCAGCUCGUCGACCGCGGCCUGGUCGCCCUGGACGACCCGGCCGUGGUGGAGAAGUAUGCUCCCGAGCUGCUCAAGCUUGACAUUCUCAAGGAGUACAACGACUCGGGGCCCGUGUGGGCCAAGCGCCAGAACCCCAUUACGCUCAAGCACCUCCUCUCGCACUCGUCUGGACUCGCGUACUCGUUCACGUCGCCCAACGUCGCGCGGUGGACGGAGGAGACCGGUGCGCCUGGCCCGUGGGGCGGUACGAUUGAGGGCUUCUGCGAGCCCCUCAACUUUGAGCCCGGGACGAGCUGGGUGUACGGUAUCGGUAUCGACUGGGCCGGAAUCAUCAUCGAGCGCGUCACCGGCCAGACCCUUGCAGAAUACUUCCAGGAGAACAUCUUUGCGCCGCUGGGCAUUGAGAACUUUACAUUCUACCCUAGCGACCACGUCCGCUCGCACAUCCAGCAGGUGGUCGGCCGCAACGAGGACGGCAGCCUCAAGCCCGUCCCCAGCAUCCGUUCCCUGGACACCACCCCCGGCCAGCUCAGUGGCGGCGGUGGGUUGAUUGGCACGGCCCGUGGUUACCUCCGUUUCCUGCAAGGUGUCCUUGCCAGCAAGACCGAGGGCAACGGCGGCCUCAUCUCGCCGGCUUCGUUCAAGACGCUGUUCACGAACGCUCUCCCUCCCCGUGGGCCCGACAACACCUGCUACCAAGGUAUUGGCACCAUGACCAAGCGUCAGGACUACCACGACCCGGCACACGUUACCAACGGUACCGCCGAGGGUCUGGAGCACUCUGUUGGUCUCCUGCUCAACAUUACCGACUCGGUCUACGGCCGCAAGGCCGGAAGCGGCUGUUGGGACGGCGCGGCCAAGACGCAGUACUGGGUGGACCCCACGACGGGCGUGGCUGGUAUCUGUUUCUCGCAGAUUCUUGCGCCGAACCCGGACCCUUUCAUGAAGGUGUACAACGCAUUCGAGCGUACUCUGUACGACAACCUGGAGUAG